UUCAUGGAGACGCCGGUAAUAGAUGGGCUGACAUCGCCUAGUUCAGUGAUAGAUUUAGCGAUGCCAGCGGUCUUGUUGACCGUUAUUUCAUGUGUGCUAAUGCUGUACAGGUACGGCACCGACACCCACUGUGUGUGGACAAAGCUGGGGGUAGCAGGCCCAAAGCCCGCGCCGUUCUUUGGGAACAUCCUGGAGAUGUUUGACCCUCAGCUGGGCUUUCGACGCUGCGUCAAGAACUGGCAGGGCGUUUAUGGGCGCAUGUUCGGCAUCUACUUCUACAGGAAACCUGUCCUGGUCGUCACAGACCCGGAAGCGCUGAAGCAGAUCUUCGUCAAAGACUUCAGCGUUUUCGCCGACAGGUUCUUCGUGGGGGAGGGCAAGCUGCAGCAUGAGAUGGUGCAGAAGACAGUUUUCUUCGCCCGGGGGUCGAAAUGGAGACGCCUGCGUAAGAUGAUGACCCCUUCCUUCAGCAGCGGGAAGCUCAAGCUCAUGACCCACUGUAUAAACCGCACGGCGAACCUGCUCGGCGAUCGCCUGCAGAGCUACGCCGCUAAAGGCGAAUCUCUGGAGGCGAAAGUUGUCUUCGGGGCCUACGCGCUGGACGCCAUCGCCGGUACAACCUUCGGCCUUGACCUUGACUCCCAGAACAAUCUGAACGCCCCGUUUAUCAAGCACGCGAGGAGCCUCAUGACGAUUGAUAAAAUAAUCCAGCUCAAACUGACUCUUGUGGGUAUUUUCCCAGCGAUCAUCCCACUGUUGAAAAUGUUCAACAUUGGCUACUUCAAGUACAGCGAUAUCAAAUACUUCAAAGAGAAUAUCGGCGCCUUGGUAGCGGAGAGGAGUACGAAGAUAAAAAGUCAAUCCGAUUUUCUCCAGCUCCUGCUAGAGUCCGAGUAUGACAACAAGUCUGCGGAUGACGAUGGCAUGUACGAAAAAAAACUGACGAAAGACGAAGUUGCGUCGCAGGGGUUGAUUUUCAUGAUCGCGGGGUAUGACCCACUCUCCUCCGCCAUGCAGUACUUGUUUUACCAACUGGCAAAGUGCCCGGAUAUACAGAACAAAGUUUACAGCGAAAUCGCUGACGUCAUGGGUGACGCCGAAGAACCGAGCUACGACAACUGCCAACAAAUGAAGUAUUUACAAGCGACGAUUGAUGAAACUCUGCGCAUGUACCCACCGCUUCAUAUCCUCACCCGACAAACCACCAAGGACACGACGCUGGGCGGUUUAUUUAUCCCGGCCAACACUGGCAUCCUGAUUCCAGUCUACAAUCUCGCCCGUGACCCGGAGUUCUUUCCGGAACCGGAUGUUUUCCGACCGGAACGGUUUCUGGACGCCAGUGUCAACCCCGUUACGUUCGUUCCUUUCGGUUUCGGACCGCGCCAGUGCAUUGGGAUGAGACUGGCUCUGAUGGAGCUAAAAAUAGCAUUGGUGCACGUUCUGGGGCGCCUGCAAGUGGUUAAAGCUACACCGGAAGUGCUGGAGAUUGAAGAUUUUUCUGGAAAUUUGGUGCCGAAAACUCCCAUUCGCAUUUUUUUGCAAGUCAGGGAAAAGUGA